AUUAUACACAUUAUGGGCUAACCCAGCCACCUGUUACUUUCAUCCCAUCACCUAACAUCAGUGUUACAGUGUUCUUUCAGUACACGAUCCAACUUGACAACAUUGCAGGACCUCUUUUCAAUCUCUCACGUGAACAAUGUUCUUCCACCUGAUGUGUGUGUCACUGCUGGGCCUGUGGUGUUGUCUCUCCAUAUCGACAGCGAGCAUUUCUUACCCAAAAACUCUGCCAUGCGAUGUUAGUAAGACCAGCAAUGGGAGUGUGGUGAAGGUGGACUGCACUGAGAGAAGUCUCAAAGAUGUCCCCUUUGGCAUCCCCAGAGACACCACCAACCUGACGCUCACCAUCAACCAUAUUCCUAAAUUAAACUCCUCCUCCUUCCAAGGUCUGGAAAACCUGACAGAGAUUGACAUGAGGUGCAACUGUGUGCCCAUCAAAAUCGGUCCCAAAGACCGCAUGUGCACUCAGAGUGUGACAAUAGAAGAAAAUACCUUCACCAGCCUGAGGAAUCUGCGAGCGUUAUAUUUAGAUGGCAAUCAGCUCUACAGUAUACCUAAAGGCCUUCCUUCAAAUCUGAUCCUGCUGAGUUUGGAAGUCAAUCAUAUUUAUAGUAUUUCUAAAGCAAACCUCUCUGAGAUCAGAAAUAUUGAGAUGCUUUACCUCAGUCAAAACUGCUAUUAUCGUAACCCAUGUAAUGUUUCCUAUGAGAUAGAGGAUGGUGCGUUUUUGCAGCUUAAGAAUUUAACAUUGUUAUGUCUCAAGUCAAAUAACUUAUCCUUUAUUCCGCAUCAACUACCCACAAGUCUGAAAGAGUUGUAUCUCUACAACAAUAACAUUCAAAAAGUCACUGAUGAGGAUUUCAAAAACCUAACAAACCUUGAGAUUCUGGAUAUUAGCGGAAACUGCCCUCGAUGUUACAACGCUCCUUUCCCAUGCAACCCAUGCCCGAAUAAUUCACCGCUUAGUAUCAGCCAUACGGCUUUUAAAAUGUUGACAAAGCUAAAGACGCUCCGCCUGCACAGUAACUCUCUGACACGUGUGCCAUCCGAGUGGUUCGCCAGCACGAAGGAGCUCAGGGUGCUUGAUCUCUCAUCAAACUUUUUAGCGGGAGAGAUAGGAGUGACUGGCUUCCCACAUUUCCUGGGCAAACUGGAAGAACUGGACCUUUCAUUUAACUAUGAGCUGCAGAGGUAUCCUCAAACACUGAGACUGAGCUGCAGUUUCUCUUCCCUCAAAUCCCUUAGAAUUCUCAGAAUCAAGGGCUUUGUGUUUCAGCAGCUAAAGCCAGAGAGCAUUGCUCCUUUAAAACCUCUAACAAAUUUGGAGGUUGUAGAUCUGGGUACAAACUUCAUUAAAAUGGCAAACCUUAGUAUUCUGAUGGAAUUAAAAAGCUUUAAAAUCAUCAGUCUGUCUGACAACAAAAUAUCCUCCCCCUCUGACGGCCAGGAAACUGUCGGUUUCUCUGAGGGAGAGCCCAUGCAAUGGUCUCCCAUGCUGGCUGCUGCUCAGUACCAAAAUAAGGAAGUGAGAGAGAUUCAUUACUUCAGAUAUGAUGAAUAUGCACGCAGCUGCAAAUACAAAGAUAAAGAACUUGGAGUUAUUACAUCAUUUGUCAACAGGGAAUGCAGUCAGUUUGGCAAAACCCUGGAUGUGAGCAGAAACAACAUAUUCUUCUUGCAUUCAAGAUUUUUAAAUCUUGGAGAGCUGAGAUGUCUCAAUCUGUCUGGAAAUGCAAUGAGCCAAAGUCUGAAUGGCUCUGAAUUCACCAAUCUGAAAAAUUUACAAUAUCUGGACUUCUCCUCAAAUCGCCUUGACCUGCUCUACUCUACUGCAUUUCAAGAGCUGACAAAUCUGGUCAUCUUGGAUAUAAGUAACAACAACCAUUAUUUUGAGUCUGAGGGCUUGACUCACAUGUUAAAUUUCACAAAAAAUUUGAAAAAUCUCAAGGUCUUGAUGAUGAACCACAACAAGAUCUCUACUACCACCAACACUGAGCUGGAGAGUCAGUCUCUAGAGAGGUUAGAGUUCAGGGAUAACCGGUUAGAUAUGUUGUGGAGAGACGGGGACACCAGAUAUGUCAAUUAUUUCAAGAAAUUACUUAAUCUGACAGUCCUCGACAUCUCUCACAACAACCUCAAUUUCCUUCCACGGGAAGUGUUUAGGGGUCUGCCAGACAAACUGUCUGAGCUAUACAUGAAAAACAACAGACUAAAUUCAUUUGAGUGGGAGAAUUUACAAUUUCUGAAUUCUUUGCAAGUCUUAGAUCUCAGUGGAAACAGCUUAACUACUGUUCCAGACCUGCUGUCAAACUGUACCAGAUCUCUCAAAAAGCUAAUUUUACAUAAAAACCAAAUCCUAAAACUCACACCAGAUUUCCUCAAGGAUGCCUACGGCUUAAAAUAUCUGGAUCUUAGUUCUAAUCACAUACAGCACAUUGACAAAUCUAGCUUUCCAGAUAAUGUUGUUAAUCAGAUGGAAAAACUGCUUCUGCACAACAACAGAUUCCUGUGCAGUUGCAGUGCCACUUGGUUCAUCACGUGGCUCAACAAGACCACAGUAACCAUCCCCAAACUGGCCACAGAUGUCUUGUGUGCCUCUCCCGGGGCACAAAGAGGUCAUCCCGUGAUCUCAGUUGACCUGCUCGCCUGCCAGCACAGCUACCUGUCAAUCAUCCUCUACACCCUCAUGACUUCCCUCAUCCUCAGCUUCCUCACCCUGUCCAUCUCCAGCCACCUCUUCCUGUGGGACGUCUGGUACAUCUACCACUUCUGCAGGGCCAAGAUCAAAGGUUAUAACCGCCUGUACUCCCAAAGCUCCGUCUAUGAUGCCUUUGUGAUCUAUGACAAGGACGACCCUGCAGUGACGGAGUGGGUGAUGAAGGAAAUGUGUGUCCAUCUGGAGGACCGCGGAGACCGUCACCUGACGCUGUGUCUGGAGGAACGGGACUGGAUCCCCGGAUGCCCCCUGAUCGACAACCUCUCCCAGAGCAUCCACAAGAGCAAGAGGACCGUUUUCAUUCUCACCAACAGAUAUAUUAAGAGUGGCAACUUCAAGACAGCUUUCUACAUGGCCCACCAAAGGCUAAUGGAUGAAAAAAAUGAUGUCAUCGUCCUAAUCUGCCUGGAGAAGGUACCUUGUGAUUCAAAGUACCUGAAAUUAAGGAAGAGACUGUAUAAAAGGUCUGUGCUUGAGUGGCCAACAAACCCUCAAGCCCAGCCAUACUUCUGGUUCAGCCUGAGAAGUGUAUUAGCAACGGAAAGCCACAAACAAUACAACAAUCUCUUCAAAGAGACACUGUAAAUAGAACAAUAUAAUGUAAUGCAUAGUUCCUUCUUUAUUUUAAAUGUUCUUAAUGUACCUCUGUGUAUAAAUUACACUGUGAACUUUUUAAUCUAAGAACAACAAUAUUCUUGGCGCUCUUUGCCAUCUCCACAGAGGGUUAUAACUUUCAUUUGUGCAUGAGAUGACCAUAAAACUGGCAACAUGUCAUGAAAUGGGGAAGUGAAACAGAUGUACUUCUUCAAUUUGCAUGCUUCUUUGUGUCAGUGCCUAUCUUGUUGAGGGAACUAUUCAUUUCAUUGCUGUUAUAAGCAACUUCAGCAGCUGGGAAUUUUUUUUUUAAUGUGUCUUGUAUAUUUAAGAGGAAGAACACAGACAUUAAGCGGUAUUCUGACUUGUGUUGACUUGAUAACACACUAGACAGGCAUUGUUUUUACAAAUAAUAAUUAAUUCAAGGAUCACAAGGAAUCAAUACAGUACAUGCACAAUGGUGAGUUUUGUUAAAAGAGGUUUCUUUGUACUUUUCAAAGCUAUAGAAUAUAUAUAUAUAAUGUAUAUAUAGUAUAAUAUAUAUGCUACAUAUUGUAUGUAUAGCAGAGAAUACAUUUAUUGUUUACUCAUCAGAGAUCUUCAUCUGCAUGUAUUAUGGAUUUACUGGUUACCUGCAUGUGUUUUUAAUUGGAUGUUUCUGUAAUAUAAUCGUGUUUGUAAUUGUAUAAUGAUUUUGUGCUUCUAAGAUUUUGAUCAACUUAGAACUGCACAAGAAAAAUACCUGGACUAGCUGUGUAUGCAUUUAUUUAAUACCAAAUACACUGAAACUUUAUUUUAUAAUGGAGUGUUCUACAUUAAAUACAGUACAUUAAAGUUUACUCACAACUGUGUGGAAAAUAAAUAUAUAUAUCAUAUCAUUUAUUUAUUCUGUCAGUAUCACCUUCCAUUUUUAAAGAGUAACAUGCAGCGGUCUGCUAGUGGAUUAUUGUAUACAAAGUCAUGCUGUGCAGCCAAACAUUGUUCAAAGCCAAAGAAUUCUAGUUUCUAAAUGUGUUAGGCUGACAUUUUGGGAUGUGACCAUUGACAGUAUAUAUUAGGAUGUAACGCAAUUCAGUGCAAUGUAGAGCUGGAACAAGUUGAUAUAGAAUAUAUCAGUCUGGAAUAAAACACUUUAAACCA